AUGCGUUGUAAGCAGGAAACUCUUUAUCAUGAAAUAGUAAUCCCUAGGAACCUGAUGAUGUUCAGAGGAUUGGAAGAAAAAGCAGAAAAGGUGUCUUAUGUUCUUCUGAUAAGAGGAAAAUGGCAUAUUAUUAACUUGAAGCAAAAGAGAGGAUUGUUUGUCAGGAACUUCCCUGUUUACACACAUCAAAAUGGGAAACUAGGCUUGGACGUGCCUUUUACACAGGAUGACUGCUACUAUGAUGGGUACUCAGAGGGUGACACAGAUUCUCUUGUGACUAUCAGCACUUGCUCAGGGCUAAAGGGAAUCCUAAGCUUACAUGGCACUGUCUUUGGCAUCAAGCCUAUAUACACCUCAAAGAAAUUUGAGCACAUGGUUUACAGCAUAUCCCUAAAAUCAAGCAGGUCCUGUGCAGUCAGUGGAGAAGAACAGGAAGAGCUCUUAACCAAUUCACCAUUUCAGAGCAGAAUAGAACCCUUCUCAGCUCCUAUGUCUUAUAUGUGGUCACACCCCAAGUAUGUAGAAAUGUUUAUUGUGGUUGACAACAAGCGGUUCCAAAUGUGGAAUAGUAAUGUGACCAAGACGAUGCAGAUGGUAAUGGAUGUCCACGCUCUGGUCAACAGGUACAUGAGGGAGCUAAAUGUGAAAGUAGUACUUACUGGGUUAGAGAUCUGGACAGAGAGAAACCUAGUGCAAAUUUCCCUGAAUCUGCAGGAAACGCUUCAAAAUUUUAACCAAUGGAGAAACUGGCAUCUUUUGAGAAGGGUGAAGCAUGAUGUUGCUCACAUGAUUACUGGCCAAAACCCUGGAAAGUACCAGGGCCAUGCAUUUCUCAGUGGUAUCUGCACUGAUAAGAAUGCAACCAGCGUGGCAUCUUUCUCUCAUGAAGAUAUACCCCAUCUGGCAGCUCUCAUGGCACAUGAGCUUGGCCACAACCUGGGAAUGAAGCAUGACCAUGUGGCCUGCAAGUGCCACGGCCAGAAUCUUUGUACUAUGCAUGAAUUUAUUACCGUAGAUAUGGGCUUCAGCAACUGCAGCUUCCACCACUUCUACCAGCUGUUGUAUAAGCAUGGAGGGGACUGCCUGUUUAAUAAACCUGAGCUCCAGAGCUCCUUUGGAAAGUCAUAUUGUGGGAAUAAGAUAGUGGAUCAAGGAGAAGAAUGUGAUUGUGGCAGUAACCUUGAUUGUCAAAAGGAUCACUGUUGUCUGCCUUCAUGUCGGCUAAAGAAGGGCUCAGAUUGUGCAUUUGGAUCCUGCUGUAAAAACUGCAAAUUUCUAAAGGCAACCACACUCUGCCGCCCCAGUGUGGAUGAGUGUGACCUCCCAGAGUACUGUAAUGGCACCUCCAAGUGGUGCCAGGAAGAUACCUACAAGCAAGAUGGCACCCCUUGCAAAGAACAAGGUUAUUGUUACCAGGGCGAGUGCAAAAGCCUGGAGAAUCAGUGUGUUAAAAUCUUUGGAAAGGGCACUAGGGUGGCGCAGGAAAAGUGCUAUCAUUACAUGAAUACCAAGGGGGACAGGUUUGGGAACUGUGGCAGUGAGUCUAAAGGGAUGUUCAAGAUCUUCCACAAGUGCAAGGCCAAAGAUGUAAAAUGUGGGAGGCUGCUAUGUGAAAACAUUCAAAAGCUCCCACGCAUUGAAAAAUAUCACACACUUAUCCAGUUCCCAAUGCAGGACUCAUGGUGUUGGGGUGCAGAGUUUUUUGAAGCCAUAGAUAGGGCUGAUGAGGGGGAGGUGAAGGAUGGUACCCCAUGUGGUCCACAGAAGAUCUGUAUCAAUCAAACUUGCUUAGAUACCACUGUGCUCCACUAUGACUGCAACCUGGAAAAGUGUCAUGGAAGGGGUGUUUGCAACAAUUUUAAGAACUGCCACUGUGCCUAUGGCUAUGCCCCUCCAACAUGUGAAUUUGAAGGUUAUGGGGGCAGUUUGGACAGCGGCCCAGCUUCACAUGUCCCCUCUGACUCUCAGUAUGGCAAAAUGCUGAAAAUCCUAAUCUGGGUCUUGCCUAUCCUUUCAUUAUUCCUCAUUCCUACUAUCUUUUUGCUUGCCUACGUCCACAGAAGAUCUAAGACCAGUGUCAAUGCAAAAAAUUCACCGGAGCAGCAAGAUGAACAAACUUGA